CGUUUCUUUUUUGUUACCUGCGGAACAGACCGAAGAGGAAGCUUCCAACUCUCAGCUAUGGCGUCGGCCGGCGGCAACCCGCUGGUCCUCCCGGCCGUCCUCCACCUCCGCCGGUCAGACGCCGACUUCACCGCGGCGCUGAGCGAGCGGUUCCGCGUCCUCGACUUCUUCUCCUCCGGCGAGCCCCUCCCGGCGUUCCUCGCCGCGGCCGCGGCCGCGCCGGAGCCCCCGCGCGCCGCGGUCGUCGUGGGCGGCGGCUCCGUGCGCGUGGACGCCUCGUUCCUGGACGCCGUGCCCUCCCUCCGCUGCGUCCUCACCACGGGCGCCGGGAUUGACCACAUCGACCUCGCCGAGUGCGCGCGCCGCGGCGUCGCCGUCGCCAACUCCGGGGAGGUCUUCUCCACCGACGUCGCCGACUACGCCGUCGGCUUGCUGCUCGACGUGCUCCGGCGCGUGUCGGCGGCGGAGCGGUACGUCCGGCGCGGGUCCUGGCCGGUGCAGGGCGACUACCCCCUCGGAUCCAAGCUUGGUGGCAAGCGUGUUGGCAUCAUCGGCUUGGGGAACAUCGGCUCACGGAUUGCAAGGAGGCUUGAAGCUUUUGGCUGCAUCAUCCACUACAACUCGAGAAAACCAAAGGAUUCAAUUUCUUACAAGUACUUCGGAAAUGUUCACGAUCUUGCUGCUGAAUCCGACGUGCUCAUUGUCGCAUGUGCACUAAACAAGGCGACGCGGCACAUCGUGGACAAGGAUGUGCUGGAGGCCCUAGGAAAGGGUGGUGUGGUCAUCAACAUCGGCCGAGGAGCAAACAUCGACGAGGCGGAACUGGUCGUUGCACUCAGGGAGGGAAAGAUUGCAGGCGCGGGCCUUGACGUCUUCGAGCACGAGCCCAAGGUGCCAGCAGAGCUGUUCUCCAUGGAGAAUGUGGUUCUGUCGCGUCACGUGGCGGUCUUUACAGAGGAGUCCAGGUCGGACCUGCGCGCGCACACCGUGGGCAACCUUGAAGCCUUCUUCUCCGGUCAGCCGUUGCUCACUCCAGUGGAUGCUGAUUCUCUAGUGCAGUGAACGCAGAUCACUCAUAUCAGAUAUAUUCAAAGCAUUGUGGGGUGCUGCUGCUAGCGGACCAAUAUAUAAUUUUGUUAAAAAUUGGGGUCCCGGUGCCCCUUGGAUAAUAAAUCCGGCUCAUCUGGUGGUGCUGCUAGCAGCGAGCAUGGGCAUUGCCAGUGGCGGGGACUCCUUCGACCAGCAUCGGUGGCGAUCAAGGCAGCAUCGUGGUGUGCCCUUAUGGGAUUUCCAUGUUCCUGUAAACUGGUACAAAACUCAACUGACAAAAGAGAGUUGUGACUCUCCAAGGGCGAGGAUUUCUCGCUCAGAAAUAUGUACAUGCCAAUUGGGAUGAAUGGUGGACUUAUGAUCAGGCAAGGGAUGAAGGUUAGGUGGUUGCUGCCCAAGCAGCAGAUUCUGAACCCUGCCUGGUUCUGCCCCUUCCCGGCGAAACUGUGCCAUUUCAGAAAUAAUUGUAGGAUAAGUUUUGCAAAUUGCUUCUGGUUCGUUGCUCAAGGAGAACAACGGUAGAUUGAUAUGUUCCUAAAUCCAUGAAGGUACAUUGUGCCUUUGCGCGUGGUCAUCAUUCACUCACUUCUCCUAAGUCCUGCCAAUUUUUCUCCCUAGUUCGUGAUGGUAUUGCCCAAGACACGCGCCGGACCUUGAAUCAAAAGAAGUGUUGUAACCAUGUAUCGCUAUAUCGGUGACGUGAUUUCACGAUGUUAGUCAGAGUGUGGUAUGUUCUUGCUGUUUAUAA